CUUACAAAAGACACACCAUUGCGACACGAGCGGAUGUACUACGUAAGUAACUUUUAGACGUAACAGCGACCGUCAUCUUCUGCUACUUGGAAAACUCCUUACCAACAACCAAGCUAACCACCAGCGGAAGCAACAAUGUGUCUGAUAACGAGGGCAGCAUCCCAGUCGGCUCGGAAAUACAGUGAAGUGAGGACGUGACAGGAAGAGACCAUGGGCACUACGAAGUAUGAGGGAGGGGACGAGAGGGUGAUCUGCAGGCUCCCACCACCCAAAGAUCAGAGAGGACUGAAGGCCUUCUUGUGGAACCCCGAAGCCAAGACUGUACUAGGCCGCACGGGGAAGUCAUGGGCCCAGAUCGGUGUUUUCUACGUCAUCUUCUACUUCUGCCUGGCGCUGUACUUCUCCCUGCUCAUGUUCAUCUUCCUCAGGACACUCGAGCCGGACACCCCCAAGUACACCGGAGCUGACUCUCUCCUGACGAACCCUGGUCUGAGUUUCGUCCCUCGCACAUACCACGACGAGCUGAGGCCCACCAUCAUAUAUGACCCCACGAAUGAUCAGAGCUCCUCCCCCUACGUGAACUCCAUCAACAAGCUUUGGAAGGCCUACGACCCCCGUCCGUCUAACGCCGUUGACUGCCAAAAUGACGGAGUGUUCAGGAAGGCCGAUGACCCGCCCUGCCUCUUUGACCUGGCUGCCACCAACACCUCCUGCAGCCCUGACGAUCGCUGGGGUUACAAUACCAACUCGCCCUGCAUCCUCCUCAAGCUCAACAGGAUGUUCCACUGGAGGCCACAACCGCCGGAGAGCUUCGAGGGCUUGCCUGAGGGACUACGGAGCUACAUUUUUAAUAAGUCUUCAGAGGACCCGGAGACGGCGCUGUCGCAGAACGCGUGGGUGUGGUGCGAGAGCGAGGAUGUGAAAAUAGAACAGCUCUCCCCAGGCCUGCCCCUCAGCUUCUUCCCUUACCACAUGCAAGAGGGCUACCUCUCGCCCCUGGCCCCCGUCCGCCUUCUCGAUCUCAAGGCGGGGCAGAAGGUGAAGGUGGACUGUCGCGUGUGGGCCAAGAACGUCGAGCCCAAAGUCGGCAUACGGCGGACUGGACAGGCGUCAGUUUGGGUGGAGCUCACAGGGGAGGCUCCGUCGAAGUAAAGGCCACCAGUGACAACACCCUCAGCGCCCCGAACGACGACCUAUAGGGAAGUGUUGACCUGCCAUCUUCCUCAACACACCAGCGGCCAAAGGGCAAUGGAUAGAGUUUUAUUCGUCCAUGGGCCUCUGUUUUUAGUUAGGAGAUAAUUAUCGGUGUGUUAUGUGAGUUUUUAGGAUCGUAACUUUCUUUCAGUCACCCCUUGCAGUCGUCAAUGUUGUUAAUUUCAGAUAAAGCAAUGUAGAGAGGAAAGUUCUUGUACUUUUGUCUCAAUCGUGUCGAUGGCGAUGCUCUUUUGUUCACUGAAACCAAAUAUUGUAUUCCACUAAUACUUUCCUGAGCGCUGUGUGGUGUUUGAUGUACACGGUUACGUAAUCCAUUAGUGUCAUUAGUAGGCUAUCAUUCAUAAUUUAGUUUUACUUUAACCGUACCCUUGUAAACCCUACGAAACCAUAUUUAGUGUGUGUGUGUGUGUGUGUGUGUGUGUGUGUGUGUGUAGCUAUUUCUCCUGUCGGUUACACGAAUGGUAGUUAGGUAGUUUAGGGAGUUUGCUAAUUUUCUAAUUCUAGUGUAAUAUUACGUCCUUUUCGUCUUCUUACGUACUUUACACCCAAAUUAAUUACUUCAUUCGUGUUUCUAUGUUUUGUGGCAAUUAUAUGUUAUGCUAAAAGUAGAAAUUAUGUUAGGUGUGGCAACCCUGGCACAAUCCUGAGUCACGUGACCCCUAAGUUUAACCACGGUCAGCUGUUGUCAGUUUGAGAGAAGCCGGUGAAGGGUGAGGAGCAGGCCGAGGCGGAGUGAAGGAUUUGUGAAGAGAUAAAGGCAGGCGGCUGGUGACGAGGAGAAAUAAGCUACAGUGAAGGAAUAAAAGGCAAGCUGCAGGUCACAAGGAGCAACAUACACAGAGGUGAGAGUGCCCAUGUUAAUGACGAUGCAACUUUCUGUAAACUCACUGUCUUUAUUUGUGGUGUAUUUAAAUUUAGUAUGUCAAUGAACCGUUACUUUUCAAGUUUCACUCUGGCACAUUUUGCAGUAUAACUUUUUUGUAAAUAUUGUUCGUGUCAAUAAAACGCCCACCAACGA